AUGCUGACCGGUUCGUGCCUUUGCACCGUGAACAAAUACACAAUCACAAAUGAGGAUGCUGAUGUAUUCAGGAAGAUAGUAUGCCACUGUGCUCGCUGCCGCAAGAUCAGUGGUGAAUAUACUACCACUAACCUGAUCGUGCCGGAGGCGAGUUUCAAGUUGACGAGCGUCUCGAAGUGGCCCUUUCAUAUUCCGGGUUUAUCAAAGAGUACCAGCAUCUUCAACGCCGUUCUGUCAGAUGACAAGCAUGGGCAUAUCUGUUUUUGCAGCCACUGUGGGUCUGUGCUCUAUCGCGAAUCUGACAUGCAUGGAAUGCGCGGCCUGAUUUUUGUGCCCGUAGGCACUCUUGAUGACAUUGACUUGGUUAGUGACUUGAGAAAGGAAGAAUGGUACUGA